AUGGCGCCACUUGUCAACGGCUCACACAAACUUCAAACAUUAAUUAAUGUUAUUAAAAUUUGGAGCAAAAGUGAAUUAAAAUUACUAAAAUAUACUCGUUUUAUUUUUAAAUUUAUUUCAGAAAAUUCUAUUUAUGGAGGAAUUUAUAAAUUUUUAAACGAUAAAGCUUUGAUUCUUUUGACUUAUGAUUUAUUAAAAAAUCAGGAAAAUAAACACAUUUGUCAAAUAUUAGAAAACUUUCAUAAAAAAUUUAUUGAAGAUUGGGUUGAUAUAAAUAUAGCAGAUAAAAAGGAGAAUGAAUGGGAUGAUCAGAAAGAGAGAGAAUGGCGUAAAAUUGAAUUUGGGGAGGAAAUAGGACAGAAUAAACUUUGGAAGAUUAUACCUCCCGGGUAUCCAACACAAAAUUCUUUGUUAACUUUGAAUGAAUCUACGGCUAAAAUUAUUAUUAAGCAAUCUAAAAAGGGUUUUUUCAAUAUUUUUUUAUUAAAAUAA